AUCACUUUCACGUGCGCGCGCUCUCAGAACCAUUAAUAAUAUGUUCAUUUGUUUCUGGGGAACCAUUUCAGCGACGUACAGACAAGCCGUUUCAUGACAUUAGGUAUUAGCGUUAGAGUGUAGCAAAAGCUAACAACAUUCACGUCGAAUAAAGUAUGACCGAGACCACGGACAACCCGCAGAAGUACGAGGAGCUGUUUGCCCACAGAUAUUCAUCGGAGGACCAUGAGUACCAGCAGUAUGUGAACCGGCCAGCUGACCCCCCGCCCAUCGUCGAGGACUGGAGGAGUCGUGGAGGAGGAAACCACAGAGGCAGGGACAGGUACCAGGAUCGUCGUGGUUGGGGAGGAGGCCGAGGUUGGAGAGGAGACCGGGGUUGGAGAGGGAACCAUCGUGGGCAUGACCGAGACAGAGACAGAGACCGGGACCGGGACCCAGACAGAGACCGUGGGCAUGACCGAGACCCGGGCCGAGACAGAGACAGAGACGGAGACAGGCACUGGGGGCAUGGAAGUGGGUAUCAUUCAGGCCCUCCAAGCUCCAACCAGGGAUACAACUUCCAUCAUCAGAGACCACAUUAUGACCGCUACUGAUCUCUACUCUAAUCUCUCAGGUGUUUUCAGUAUUUGUAGUAUUCGCAGUGUUAUAACUUGCAUUGCAAUACUAUAUGUGGCAAUGUGCAACUGUUGAUUUCUUUUGUAUGACUCUUAUUGCCACAGUCUCAUAAGCAAGGGCUGAGCAACAUAUCAAUAUUAAUAAUGUACUGUCCAUCAUUGUAAUUGUGUAGAACUUUUUCAGUAUUGUGAAAUAAAAAAAAACAAAGCAAAUACUCAGAUUUUUCCCAGAAUUAUUCUGUAAUGUGACAGCGGAAACUGUUUGUCUUCCACUUACCCUUUCCAUACCUAAACACAGUAAUGUUUUCCCAUAUUGCUUCAUAUUGCUCCAUAUUGCUCAGCCCUGUAGUCGUAUUACUUUUUUUUUCAUUACAUUUUUGGGAAUGAUAAUAAGGACAUACUUGCAGUUUUCAGUACUGGAACUCUCGUUGAAAAUUAUAUUUCUGUUUUUAAUAUUUCAGAUAUGUGGGCUGAUUUUAACAAUAUUUAAAUAUCACAUAUAACUGGGAAAUAUCACUGAGGAGGGUUUUUUUGUUUUUUUGUUCUGAUAGUUUUGCCGCUACAUCUUUUACAUGCUUUGAUAUCAGAUUGUUAUGAAUUAUACAAUACAGUAUUGUUGCAAACAUUGAUUCUGAUUUUCCAGAGAAAAUCCAUUUGUAACGCAGCUUUAUGUCUGUGUCACAACGUUAUGUAUGGAUACUUACGAACUGAGUUGUCAAUAAACAUGUAUUUUCUUAAA